AUGGACGACUCUCAAGGCCUUGCCAUAGCAUUCGAGGAAGCCAAGCAGUCCUACUCCGAGGGGGGAAUUCCAAUCGGCGCCGCACUGGUUUCAAAAGAUGGCAAGCUUCUAGGCCGCGGCCACAAUAUGAGAGUUCAACUGGGCUCAGCGAUUCACCAUGGCGAGACGUCAGCCCUCUACAACUCAGGACGCCUGCCCGCGCGGGCCUACCAGGGGAGCACGAUGUACACCACCCUCUCGCCCUGCGAUAUGUGCACGGGCGCCUGCCUGCUCUACGGCAUCGCGCGCGUCGUCAUAGGCGAGAACGCCAACUUCAUCGGCGGCGAGGCCUACCUGCGCUCGCGCGGGGUCGAAGUCGUAGUCGUAAGCGACGCAGGCUGCAAGGAGCUAAUGGACAAGUUCAUCGCUGAGAAGCCUGACCUGUGGAAUGAGGAUAUCGGUGUGGAGGAAAGGGUGUAUUCCAAGGAGUGA